ACUUCGCCGGGAGCCAGCGCCGGGCCAGGGGGCCCGCCCCUCGGCCCGGACCGCCCGGCGGGGAGGCGCCCAUGCCGGACAGCGCAGCCCGGUGAGGGCGCGCGCGGGCGGGGGCGCAGCCGGCAUCAUGUCCAUGCUGCCCACCUUCGGCUUCACGCAGGAGCAAGUGGCGUGCGUGUGCGAAGUGCUGCAACAGGGCGGCAACAUCGAGCGGCUGGGCCGCUUCCUGUGGUCGCUGCCCGCCUGCGAGCACCUCCACAAGAAUGAAAGUGUGCUCAAGGCCAAAGCGGUGGUGGCCUUCCACCGCGGCAACUUCCGCGAGCUCUACAAAAUUCUGGAGAGCCACCAGUUCUCGCCGCACAACCACGCCAAGCUGCAGCAACUGUGGCUCAAGGCGCACUACAUCGAGGCCGAGAAGCUGCGCGGCCGGCCCUUGGGCGCCGUGGGCAAGUACCGCGUGCGCCGCAAGUUUCCGCUGCCGCGCUCCAUCUGGGACGGCGAGGAGACCAGCUACUGCUUCAAGGAAAAGAGUCGCAGCGUGUUGCGCGAGUGGUACGCGCACAACCCCUACCCCUCGCCCCGUGAGAAGCGAGAGCUGGCUGAGGCCACGGGUCUCACCACCACACAGGUCAGCAACUGGUUCAAGAACCGGAGACAGCGCGACCGGGCAGCCGAAGCCAAGGAAAGGUACGAGGAGAACAGCGAGAACUCCAACUCCAACAAUCCGCUGGCAGCGUCGCUGAACGGCAGCGGCAAGUCGGUGCUAGGCAGCUCGGAGGACGAGAAGACGCCGUCGGGGACGCCGGACCACUCGUCGUCUAGCCCCGCGCUGCUGCUCAGCCCGCCGCCGCCUCCCCCCGGGCUGCCGUCCCUGCACAGCCUGGGCCACCCUCCGGGCCCCAGCGCAGUGCCCGUGCCCGUGCCGGGCGGAGGCGGCGCGGACCCGCUGCAGCACCACCACGGCCUGCAGGACUCCAUUCUCAACCCCAUGUCAGCCAACCUCGUGGACCUGGGCUCCUAGAGCCCCGCCCGCCUCGGCGCGCUGGCCGCCCGGCUAGGCCCCGGGGACCUGAGAGACACGUGCUGGGAGGGCCUCCGGCGCCGGCGGCCCCGCCAGGUACUGAGAGACCCGCACGCGAUCGAGCAGAACCGCUGGCCCCGGCAGGGCCCACGGCCUUCUGGUGUAGUCUUUGUUGGGGCUUUACUUUCAACAAGUUGCUUUGGAGAGCCUUUGGAGGCCUGGGACCGGGUCUUGAACCAGGGAAGAGAAUAAAUUAUACACCGGUCUUACACUCUCUCUCCCUACCUUCUCUCCUCUUCCGUUCUCUCUUCCCUUCCCUGGCUCUUCCUUUCCCUUCCUUCCUUCUCUCCUUUUUCUCUCCCCUUCUUGACCCUGUCCGUUUCCCUCUAUAUUUCUGGCUUGUCACCUCUCAUUAGAUUUCUGUUUAUCUGUCUCUCUGUUUCUGUCCCUCUUCUCUCGGCUCGCCUUGUGUAUCCUGGCCCCUGGGUCUAUACCCCUCAAUAUUUUUCCUCCUGCAUGGCCUUCUGUCCCUCCUCGUCCCUCCCUUUUCUGGGAUGGGAAGUGGGAGGAGGAAAAGCAAACGAAAGACAGGGCCUUUGAACCUAGGCCAUCUCCAGAGGCCCUAAGCAGGUGGGGAGGCGGUCAUUGGGGCUGCAGGUGUCCGCUUUGCCCUAGUAACUUAAGUGAAAGAGAAGGGUGGCAGCGAGACGCCCUGAAGGACCCCCUGCCGCCGCCCGCUGGCUCUGCCUGCGGCUCUGCGCUGCGCUCUCCUCUUCCUCCCGGCACUGCGGCUGCAGUGCUCCCGGCGGAGCGUGCCUCCCGAGCCGCGGACUUGCCGUCUCCCUGUUAUGCCCUCAUGUGAAUGUUCUUCGAGAAAUAUUUCUGCUUUUAUUUUAUAAUAAAAUUAGAAAUGAUA